AAGUCACUUCUUCAGAGAAUAAAUAACCAAAUUAAAAUUAAUCCUAGUUUAAAUAGUACAAUGGAACAAUAAGAAUAUGUGAUCAAUCAAAAAUGGGUCUGAAUAAGUAGAUGUCAUGUCAUUUCUGUCAAGGUGAUUCAUAAGUGAUAUGUAUGUAAAUUUGUGUGUAUGUAUGUGUGUACUGUUUAAGGAUGAAAAAUUGUGUGACAUUUAUGAUGAGAAAACAUCAGCAAUAAAAUCUAAUUCGAAUGAUCUAAGAAGAAUUGUUCAUAAUCUCUUGGACAGAAGCUUAACCAGUCAUGAAAUCACUCUACUGGAGAAAGGAUUAAAUUUCACUUUACAUAAAAAACCACUUAGUACUAUUGAAAUUGCCCUAAUUAUAGAACCAAGAAUCGCACAAUUACCGGAAAAAGAGUCGCGUUUAUUACGUCGAAAACAUAUUACACCAAACAUUUCAAAAGAAGAAUUUAAGGUUCUGCAUUCGCUUCAAAAAGACAAAACGAUUAUCAUCACAAAAGUCAACAAAGGCACUACAAUAGUAGUCAUCAAUAAAGCUAUUGAACAUCUCUCAACAGGACCGUAUGAAAAGAUCAAUCCGAAAAAAUUCUCUAACGAUUAAAAAUCAAGUCAAAUCAGAAACAAGUCAACUUUUGAAAGAGCUAAAACCAGUCAUUGGUGUCUCGCUUUGGUUUGCUCUGCAUCCCAAAUCAUGUAAUGUUUCAUGGUUUACCGAAAAUUCAUAAACCAGUUAUCCCUCUAAGACCGAUAUUAGACUUUACCAACACACCAACAUAUGCGUUGUCGAAAUAUCUAAGCAAAAUAUUGAAACCACUACAGCUUAACUUACAUACUAUGAUUUAAGACACAUAUUACUUAAAAUUAUCGGAAUUAAUUAUCGAGAAGAAUGAGAUCAUGGCAAGCCUUGAUAUCGUUUCUUUAUACACCAGUAUUCCCAUUGAUAAAUGCUUAGAAU